AUGCAGUGGGAAAAAGAAGUGUGUGGCGGGCGAAGAUGCCGGUGGACAAAGAUGGACCUGUGCUGUACUGUGCUGUGUCUCAUUUCUUUCGUCGUUACACUCAUUGUCGUGUUUGUAGUGUACCAGGGAACGUGUGAUGUUACCAUAACAACACGUGCCGAAUGGGAAGCUCGCGAACCGAGAGACAAGGAGAUUAAGGAUACUGCGCAAGUUGGGAUCGUUAUCAUCCACCAUACAUCCCGAGCUCACUGCGAGAAAUCCGAGGAUUGCGCCACAGAGAUGAGAAAACUGCAGGACUUUCACAUGGACGAACGUGGUUGGGACGAUAUUGCCUACAAUUUUCUGGUGGGCGAGGACGGCUCUGUGUACGAGGCCCGUGGCUGGAAGUACCAAGGGGCUCACACUUUCCAGUGGAAUGCCGUGUCCAUCGGAAUAGCAGUCAUGGGUAAUUUCCAACAGAAAGAGCUCAGUCAGAAGUCGAUGGAUGCCCUGCGAUCCCUCAUCACGUGCGGGGUGACCAAGGGUUUCAUCAGUCCCGACUACAAGCUGUACGGUAGACGCGAUAUGAACCCCAAUACGACAAGUCCAGGAGACAAGUUGUACGCCCAAAUUAAAACAUGGCAACAGUUUGACACAAAGAAACCUGUACAUCCUUAUAAAGCGGAAGUAUAGUCUUUUUCUUCGUGGCUCUUACAAUCUAGUUAUUACGCAUAAUGCAACUUAUUUCAUUAUUUCAAGUUAAGUUUAUAUCCAUGUGUGUUUCACUUCUUUUCAUACACAAAGAUGCGCGUAUCACUGUUGAUCCAUACGCGCUGCGGUUGAUUUGAUUGUUUGUUUUUAAGACGGAUGCAACACUGUUGUUAUGUAAAAUCAUUACACACAUCAGUAAUAAAGUGUUGGUGUGAUGUGUGAUUGGGAUUCCCUUAAAAACUAAUACAUCUUUAAAUGAUACCCAUUGGAACAAGAUUAUAUGUUUGGGCACCAGUUAAACAUCUUGUUUUACCCCCUUCCAGGACGGCAUGAAAUGGUUCGAGUUUUAGUAAAGACUAUAUAUACUACAUGUACACCAGUAUACGGGAUGGCAUUGGGAAUGAAAUAAAUAGCAAUACAAGUAGGCUCUAUAUUUUCUAUUGUGACGUGCAGUUGAAGCGACACCAGAUACUAUUGCAAUAGUUAUGACACUCUUCCUGUUCUUAUGUAGAAUCAUUGCACGUUGAAUUAUGUUGUCAUACUUUAACAUGAGUGUAUGUACGCAGAAAAUAAAUGUUGUAUAACUCAAAAUUAA